AUGAGCUCUACAGCUAGUUCGACAAAUUAUACCAUUAUCGCGCCAAUAUCAAUUCUAUUCUCAACAUUAGCUAUCGUCAUCUCUUGUUUCGUUUUACUAUUAGUUUCUUCAACAAAACAAUUAUACACUGUUAGACAUUUGCUAACAUGCAAUACAUGUCUCGCGUCAAUCUUCUAUUGUAUUGUUCAAUGCAACAACUAUAUUUAUCUUUUAUUUAUUCAAUGGAAUACAAGCAAUGAAUCAUGUCGAUGGCGUGGAUAUUUUGGAUACGUAUCAAUGGCUGCAGUUAUCUAUUCCUACCUUCUACAAUCAAUCGCACGAUUAUUUGUCACUUUUUAUUCGAUGAAAUAUCGAUGGAUCAUCUCCUUUAAAAUACACGUACCACUUAUUUUUAUUGGAUGGAUUAUUGUAUUCAUUGUUCCAUUACCAGCAGUCAUAACUAAGGAUAUUUCAUUUCGUGUGGGUUUUCUUUGUUGGGUACCCAGACAAUUUCUUUUACAUGCAAUUUACACGGUGAUUAUGUAUUAUUUAAUACCAAUUCUGAUCAUUAUUUUCAUUUAUGUAUUGAUUUAUAUUCGUGUUCAUUCUUUCGUAGCUAACAAUGCAAUUGUGCAAGAUCAGAGAGGACGAAGCAAUCGCGAACUUGAAGUGCUUCGUAAAAUAGUGAUUCUAUUUAGUAUUUAUAUUCUUGGCCCAUUACCAUUGAUACUUUAUAUGUUAACAAAUGUGGAAUUGUUUUAUUCGAUUGGAAUUGUUAGUAUUUCAUUUGCAGUUAUGGUGGAAAAACUAGUCUCAUUGCUAAUCGAUCGUGAUAUUCGAAAUGCUGCGAUGAGAUUUUUUGGUUAUCGCACAAAUCAAGUUCUACCGAUUGCAAUUAACAUCAUCACUCCUGGAAAAAAGAAUUCUCAAUCGUAG